CAAAAUCGCAACAGUUAUAUUACGAACAUAGUUGUCCUUGAAGGACGUAGGGACUGGAACGGGCUUUUCACGUCUUUUGAAGUGAUCGAGACUUCAUCAUCACUCUCUUGUGGCCCUUGUUCAAUCUGUCGCUGGCCCAUAUUAGGAGAUAUAAAUAUACAUUCAAGCUUCCAGAUUUCCUGGUGCCUCUAUGACUCAGGGAGGCUUUGCAUUUGACCUUUGUGGUCGCAACGCUUAUCUCGAAGGCAGAGGCAUCAACCCGCCUCGCUUCACCAAGACAGGCACUACAAUUGCUGGUCUUAUAUUCAAGGAUGGAGUUGUGCUCGGUGCUGACACUAGAUCAACCUCUGACACAACAGUGGCUGACAAAAACUGUGAAAAGAUUCACUACAUAGCUCCAAACAUCUACUGCUGCGGUGCUGGCACAGCUGCUGACACCGAGAACGUGACUGGGAUGAUCUCAUCGUCACUGGAGUUGCAUCGCUAUGCAACUGGGAGGGGAUCUAGAGUGAUCACAGCCUUGACGAUGCUGAAAACUCAUCUGUUCAAGUACCAGGGCCAUGUCAGUGCGGCUUUGGUGUUGGGCGGGGUAGACUUCAAUGGGCCACAUCUGUUCACGGUGUAUCCCCACGGUUCCACAGACAGCCUGCCAUACUGCACCAUGGGCUCGGGGUCUCUGAAUGCGAUGGCGGUGUUUGAGGACGGCUACAAGGAAGACCUGACCAAGGAGGAGGGCAUGGAGCUUGUUGCGCGCGCCAUCCGCUCCGGCAUCUUCAACGAUCUGGGCUCUGGGUCCAAUGUUGACCUCUGCAUCAUCACCAAGGAUGGGGUGGAGUACCUGCGUAACUACCAGCGCUUGCAAGACAAGACAUAUGAGCGGAAGUUCCCUGUCAAGUACCCUGCAGGCACAGCACCUGUUGUCAAGGAGAAGCUGUACAAGAUCGGCGUGGACGUGGCUGUAAUAGCAGGAGAGCCAGAGGAGGCCAUGGACACAAGCUGACUGGACAGCAGUAUAUAGUAUGUAAACAGCAACUGGUGUCUCAGAGACACAGAGGUCAAAUCUCAGUCAUCAAGUUGUGUUGACCCUAGCAUGUGAACAGAUUGAUUGCCAACCAGGAAAUACUGCGGCAGCUGCAGCUCUGACUCUGCAACUCAAAGUAGCUUGCAAUUGUUGGUUUCACUGUCACAGUAAAAAGUGUGCAUUGCCUUUGC